AUUUAACCGCACCUAUCCCCACCCCCAUCCAACCACUGGGUUUAAUGUGCUAUAUGUUUACUACAGUAUUAGUAAUAAGAGAACGUCACUCUACAAACUGUGAACUCAACCACAAAAUAUAGCUCUUUAGUUUCAUUGAAGAAGAGAACCUACAUUCCAACAUGCCCAAGAGAAAGGGAGCUGAUGGCGAUGUCAAGGAGGAGCCUUCAAGGAGAUCUGCACGGUUGUCAUCGAAACCAGUACCUUCAAAACCAUCACCAAAUCCAAAAAAGCCAGCUAAGAAAGAAAAAGAAGUAAAUAACAAGAAGAAGGCGAAGGCAGCAGCGGUCGGGGAGCCUAAAGAGGAGACCCAGACUGAAAAUGGCGAGAUCAAGACAGAUGAAGUAGAGACUCCAGAUGAGAAGACUGAGUAGCACUACUCCCGUCCAUCCAAUCCCCUCCCUUGUAUGGCCCCCAAGUCUCAUAUGUUAUCCCUAAAACAUCCAUUACCUUAACAGAGGAAUAUUUUUAUCAACAAUUUUGUAAUUGGUACAGGGUUUUAGCUCAAAACACAGCUAAAUAUGGAGGAUUGUUCUGUUGUGCAGUGGUCAUAAAGUGUUUUUAAGCAAACAUAAUUACGGUUUUGUUUAUUUAUUAGUUUUGGUACCUUGUUGGGACUUUAAAAAAUAAUGCUGGAUGGCAGACUAAUUGCAGGUGGUGUAGUGUCACAUUGUAGGUUCGCCAACUCAGAACAUUUCACUUUUGUAGGUGGUUGUAUUUUUAUUCUUUAUGUACAGUGGUUUUUCUUUGGGAGGUGUUUACUUAUUUUCAAUUUGAUUGUCUGUAAGCAAUUUUGGAAACAUUUGAAACAUUCCAGGCUUAAAGGACAAUUUCACAAUUUUUCAACUUCAUAUUCAUAAUCUCGAGGACCACCGCAACAACAUGUGAAAAUUGCUAGUUUGUUUUGUUGUUAAAAAAUAGGAAUAUUUUCAAUGACCCCAUCAGUGUGCAUGGUGUGAUUUUAACAAAUGAGUUACCAUCAUUAGCUACUAAUUGGACACUUCCUCAGUUUUUUUAUCACAAAACAUAGAAACCUCACAUUUUCACAUAUGUUGAUGUUGUGCUGGAGAUUAAGCAGAACAUUUUUUAAAUUUCACUAAUGUGGGCAUACCUGCUUUUUAAAUAAUCUUGCUCUGAAUUAUUUUGACACAAAUGAUUUAAACAGAGGAAGAGGCUUGUUGGAAGUUGAUUAUACUUUUUGAAACAAAUGUUGGGAUUUUAACACUGAAAAUUAAUCUAUUGAAAUAUGCAGCUGUGUUCCCACUGAAGUUCUGGAUAUUUAAUUGGAAUUUAAUAAAAUAGUAAUUUCUCAUGAGGUUGCGCAAGGUC